UUUGUCGAGACUCCACCAUUCAGAAAGAUUUUUUUUUUCUCGACGACUGAGCUUAGUACCUCUCGUUUGGAAGGCCACAACCAUCUAUCCAUUAACGGUCUCCACCCCACCAAGAGCUCCCGCUUCCAGAAUAUACGCAGGAAUGGCUGCUCUUCCUCAUGGAAAUAUGAAUUGCAGCAUCUUAUGCAAAAGGGGAGUGGUUUCCUUUGUGGGUUUUGCCGCUCUUCCAUUUUCUCAGCCGAGGGCGAGAGCUUUUGAAGGUUUGGUGAGAGGACGACUUAUUAGUCAAAGCUUAUAUAGAAAGGAGAGUCCUAUUUUUCUGGCAAAUGGAUCCAAACGCGUGUUGUCAAAGAAACUGAUCCUUACCAUCCCCAGAAGCAGCCCUUCUUCAAACUCCAGUGGUAAUGACAAUGACUCCUCUGAUCAAGCCAAGGCACCAUUUGGUUACACGAGGAAGGAUGUUUUACUAAUUGGACUUGGAGUUACUGUCCUGGGCGUUGGCUUGAAAACUGGAUUGGAGUUUGUAGGAGUUGAUCCUCUACAAGCAGGGAAUGUAGUUCAGCUGGUACUGGUUUUGGGCCUAACAGUUGGUUGGAUUUCAACAUAUAUAUUUAGAGUUUCAAACAAAGAAAUGACAUAUGCGCAACAAUUACGAGACUAUGAAUACAAAGUCAUGGAGAAGAGGUUAGAUGGCCUGACAGAAGCAGAGAUAGAAGCAUUGCUUGAACAAGUUGAGGAAGAGAAGAGACGCUUAGCCAGGGGUGAGCAGGUUAAUUAAGUACCCUCUCAUACAUGUCACUAAAACAUAACCACAGUAAUUUAUGUACAACUCUAUGCUAUACAUAGUAGUUAGAUCAAUAUCAUAGAUGUUUUCUUAAAGAUAUAUAACAGGAUAUGUUAAUGCAAAAUUGAUUUUACGAUA